CAUACUCUUAUACUGAUAACAUACUCUUAUAACAAUAACAUAUUCAUACAACACACAUGCUCUCGGCCUCGCGCCUGCUCUCGCGGGCUUCCCGCGCCUUCUCUCUCGACCCCGACUCCUCUCCAAAAGCACACUCCGCAACAACACCGACGCGCACUUCCUCCCACCGCCGCAGCAGCAGCAUCGACCCUGAUACCCUCCGCUCAGACAAACGACAGCGAACUUCAUACACAAGAGAUGCAAAAGAUGUCGAGAGUAUACCACAGACACGCACUACAGACAGCACCACCAACGACGUCUUUGACGCACUCUUCACCGAACCCGCCGUCGACUCCGGCUCCCAGAUCGAACGCACGCGAACAGCAAUGCUCUGGCGCCUUUCCCACACAAAGCAGGAAAUCGCCCUCCUCGAGCAAGAGAUCCACAAACUCGAGCAGUCAGCUUCAGAACCUGCCUCGCUCUCCCCCCAGCACCUGCUAGUCAACCAACUCCUGACCUCAAACGACGCCGCCCUCACCGCCUCUGCCACCGCCUCUUCCUCUCUCGCGCUCGAUCUCCCUGCACUCGCCAACACCGCGAUCCCACACAUGCCGGCACCCGAGCUCGAUCUUGACCGUCUGCGCCGGUUCACAGGUCUCGAAAUCACCUCCGACGGCACAGAAGUCGAGUUUGCGUCCUACGAGCAGCCCCUCGAUGACCAGCAGGUCUUUGUUCGCACCGCCCGCCACUCCAUCUCAAUCACCCACCCUUCCUCUACAAUCUCAUUCUCACUAUCUCUCGUCGUCAACCAAUCCUCCCUCGAAGUCAUCUCCUUCUCCGUACUCGACAGCUCAAUCCGUCCCACAUGGGCCCGCGCCCCUCUGCAGCGCUGGAUAUCAAAUUUCUCCUCCACAGACGACGACUCGUUCCAGCAACUCGACAUCUCGUGCUUUUUAUUCGGCGUCGCCGAUAUGGCGCGCAUCACACAUACGCGCGCUCAAGUCUUUGCCAACAUCGCCCGUGCGUUUCCUCAUCUCGUGCAUAGCUCAAAGUAUACAAAACUGCGCGAGUCCCUUGAUGAUCUCACAUCCAAGCCUGAGCCUGACGAGGAGGAGGAGGAGGAGGAGGAGGAGGACUCUAACAAACUCAUCUCCGCAUCAGGGUUGAUUACUUGGCUGGGCGAGUCAACCCUCGUCGCUCAGCAAAGUCAGUCUAGUCUCCAACUCGUGGUGUCAUGGACAAUCGAGAUCGAAGACGUCACUGGCGAUGCUACGAGUAAUAUCACCGCCCGCGUCACCGUCCCAGAGAACUACAACAAACUGGAUGAUGCGCAGGCUUUAUUGAAGAUUCCAAACGUUUUUCAAACACUUGUACAAACACGGGGUGUUUUCAGAGCUACAAGUAUCAUUAUUCGCAAUCUAUUCGAAGAGUAAUAGCAAUAAGAGCA